AACUUUGUACUUUUGCUAUUUACAGGUGACUUGACAUUCCAUGCACUUCAGCAAAUCCAGUUAGACGCACGCAGUGAGACCAGCCAAACUGAACUGUCGCUGAAUUUAAAGAGGACUGCUCAAGGGAAAGGUUUUGUGAUUUCUGACAAUCAAGGCGGGGGCAACUGUAUGUUUUUCGCACUUUCAGAGCAGCUUGAUGUCGUAAAAGGAAUGAGGAUGUCUCAUGAAGAGAUACGGCAAACUGUGGUCCAUUAUCUUAUGGAGCACUCUACGCUGGUAAGUAAAAUAACAGCAGUAACUAAAUUAUACUUUGUUACCUCUCAAAGGAAAAGUUCUGUUCAAACAGUCAUAACAUUCUAAGGACAUUCGUUUGGACGCCGUUGUGGUUCAAUAUUGUGACCAUUUUAACCACCCUUUCCCCGUCACCACAGCAGUUAUGAAGUGUUUACAUUUUGUCACAGCAUCGUCACAACACUUUUUUUGUUCUGGAUGUGUCUACACUUUUUGAACACCUCUGACAUAAAGAGCAAAAAAAGGCUACUUUGACGCAUUUUAUCCGGCGUGGUUAACGACUGCUUGUUGCUAGUAUAAAUGCGACCUUAAAAUGUGUGUUUUAAUACUGUACCCAAACAGCACCACAUUUUAAUAGGCUUCACAUGAGAAAGCAAGAAUUUAAUGAACAAUCAGCACUUUUGCGCUGGUUUUAGUUAUUUUAAAAACGUUAUUAUGUUUUGUCUUGCAGCCAGAUGGGACAGAGCUUUUCCAAUUUGUUGAUGGAUAUUCAUCUUGGGAUGCUUACCUAACAAGCAUGGUGACAGAUGGUACAUGGGGUGAUCACGUGAUUCUCCAUGGUGCGGCGACCCGCUUUGAAACAUGUAUUUACGUGAUCAGCAGUCUGCCGCAUCACAAUGACGUCAUAAUUUGCCCAGAGUAUGAUGAUACUGGUGACAACCGGCUUGUGCUGGGUCACGUGCAUGAGCUUCAUUAUGUUAGCCUUCUUCCACUUUGA